AUGCUCCGCCUCCAAAAGCAACUGCUCUCUCUCCCCCGCGGCGGAGGCUGUGCCUGUCCUCUCCCGUCACCCCAUCGCCUUCUCUACUCCACUGCAUCCACUACCUCCGCCUCCACCUUCUCCGUCGACGACUACCUCGUCACCGCCUGCGGCCUCACCCGGGCGCAGGUUCCCAGGGCGUCCAGGCUGCUCUUCCGCCUCAAUUCCCCCUCCAAGGCGGACGCCGUCCUCGCCUUCUUCUCCGGACUCGGCCUCUCCCGCUCCGACAUCGCCGGCAUCAUCGCCUCCGACCCGCUGCUCCUCCGCGCCAAGGUGGACGUGACUCUCGCCCCCCGCGUCGAUGCUCUCCGCGGCCUCGGGCUGUCCGACUCCGAGAUGGUGAGCCUCGUCUUGGCCGCCGCGACCAUGCUCCGUCGCAGCGACGUCGCCAGCAAGCUCAAGUUCUGGAUCUCCGUGUUUGGUUCCUUCGAUGAGCUCCUCCCGUCCAUCAAGAGCUGCAACCGGAUCCUGUUGCCCAACCUUGACACUAUGCUGAAGCCCAACAUUGCGUACCUGAAGCAGUGCGGAUUAAGUGCCAUCGAUAUUGCCAAGCUCCAUUUCAAUGCGUAUUGGGUGCUUGGCUCCAAUCCAGAGAGGCUGAAAGAGUUAGUGAUGCGCGCUGACAAGCUCGGAGUGCCCCGCAACUCGGGGCAGUUCAAGUAUGCGCUUGCGACCGUCGCUUGUGUAAGCCAGGAGAAGAUUGACUCGAGAAGAGAGACAUUGAAGAGAGCCCUUGGGUGCACUGACGAGCAACUACGCAUAGCAGUGGUUCACCACCCAUCCAUCCUAAGAGCAUCUGUUGAUAAGCUGCGCACUACUGCAGAGUUCCUGACCACCAAGGUUGGUCUUGAUCCAGAGUACAUCGUGCAUAGGCCUGCAUUUUUCGGCUACAGCCUGAAGCGAAGACUCUUGCCCCGGUACCUUGUCAUGAAGGCCCUGCAGGAGAGUGGGAUUGUAAGAGUUGAUUACUGUUCAAUGGUGGUUGUGACAGAGACGCAAUUCAGGUCAUCAUAUAUUGACCGUCACAAGGAGAGUAUUCCUGGGCUUGCGGAGAUUUAUGCUGCAUGUUGUUCAGGGGAGAUGCCCUCUGAACUCCAAUCUUGA